UUCACAUAAACAAGAUGGCGGCCAACUUAACUCCUAAUCGACAAAUUCAUCGUACAUUUCGCGUUAAAAAAACAAGUUUUUAAAUAAUUUUAACUUUAAUUGAUAUACAGAAAAUGUUCUUUGUUGCUUUUUUCUACCAUAUAUUUAAUGUUCAAAAGCAUGUACAAAAUUUGUUGAUGCUCGUUGACGACCGUUGAGAGUUGUGACGUUUGUUGACGAUGUUGACGCGCUUUAGUAGGACCGUGCGUGUGCGUGCGGACCACCGGUCACCAUGAUCAAACUAUAAAGACUAGACGUAGACAUGCAUGUGACGUGAGGAUGAAAGUUGGAACUCCUACUCCUAGAAAGCUCAGCAAGAAAGGGAAAGUUUGGCAUCAGUUACGUCAGUGAAAACUUCCAGAGGCAGAAGGUUUUCUAUGAUUUGAUAGAUUAUGCGGGGUUGAACUACCGAAGCUGUCUGUAACUAAACUGUGCCCACGUACAUCACCAGCGCUAAAUGGCAGAACCACCGGCUAAGAGAGCCCGAAGACAAAAUGAGACACAAACUAACCCUGGUCCAAGCACAGCUGCAACCCAACAACUACCGGCUGAUGGAGUGAGGGAUGAUCAAAAAACGACUCAGUCUGGCAGCGGACAUCCUUCCCAGCAGGAACCAACGCCACAACCAACGCAACAACUACAGCCAAGACCGCUGUCAUCACAUGAUUACCCACAACAAAGUGGAGCCAGCAUAGGAAGCAUCGGCACAGUCAGCGGUAGCCAGAACCCUGUCAUUGUUGGUUCAAGUGGAGUUAAUAUCACUUACAACUCGCCGUUGGAAGGACCAGAAAUCACCAGUCUCCAGGGGCCAGGUACCUUUGAGGAUUUGCAACAUGAAAUUAUUGACAACUACAAGCAAACUGCAACGACUAUUCCUGCACACCCUAUACUGGAGACACGUUAUGUAGAAAUUGAUAAAUUCUUUAUUCCGCUCCAUCUACAAAAGAACAUUCCAGACAAAACAAAAUCAGUGAGGUCGGUGAGAUUACCAGAAGGAAAAAUAUUCUUGGAUGAAGCACUAUAUGACAUUCUCAAUUCCUUGGAUGAUUUGUUCAAUCAGGAAAAAGUUAAAGAAAUCAAGAUUCUUCUUGUUGGCGGGGCCGGGACGGGUAAAUCAACCCUGUUAGUGAAAGUUGCAAACUCUUGCAUCACACUUAGAUCAAAACCCCUUCUUGGUAGAUUUGAUCUUGUGCUUUGGAUAAAGUUGAGACAAAUGCAGCAAUCUAGCUGUGUCUUGGAUGCCAUAUUUGACCAAAUUCUAGCACAAAACACCAAACUGAGGAGACAAGAAGUGAAAGGGUUCAUUGAUGAUCAUGAAUCAGGCAUUGCUUUGCUGUUGGACGGAGUAGAUGAAAUUCCGUCUCAUGUUUUGCAAUCUAAGGAGGGCGUGUACAGGGUUCAGGAUAUCUUACACAACAGAGUCCUUACCAAAAGUUUUGUGUUGGUCACUACCCGACCACACAUGGUGGAUUAUGUAUUGGGGGGUCACCCAAAUUACGCUCGGGUUGAAACAUCAGGUUUCACACCACGAGACAGAGAUCAGUACAUCAGAUUAAACCAUCCUGAUGAUGCUGACAUGGGAGAGGCGUUGGUUUCAUAUCUGGAAGACAAUGCAAAUCUGCAGGAAAUAUCUGUAGUUCCAGUCAUUUCCCAGAUGCUGUGCAUUGUUUGGAAGAAUCAAAAGUCCUUGCCAAUGAGAAUUACUGAGCUGUACAAAGAGUUUGCAGUGGCUCUUUUCAAGCGCCGCAAUACAGAAAUGAGUGAUAAACAGUUAAUGUCUAACAUGAUGUCCAUCAUUGAUGGCUUGGGGCGUGUUGCAUUGCAAGGGUUAUUAGACUCUAGAGGGGAAAGACUCAUGUUUGAUGAAACUGAAUUUCAGAAUUGUCAGUCUUGCUUAGCUGAGGGUUGUCGUGUGGGUUUCGUUCAACGUGAAACGUUCACAAUUGGUCUGGAUGUAAAAGUGCUGGUCACUUUCCCCCACAAGUCCAUCCAAGAAUACUUCGCAGCAUGUCACCUGGUGCGAUUGCUUGACGGUUUUUUUUUUGGCAAAACAAAAUUCUGUCGCCAGUUGAAGCGGAUUGGAACCCAUAAUGUUCAUGAAAUGGAAUACCUGCUGAGAUUUUGUUGCGGUAGAUCAGGAAAGGCUGCUGGCCUCAUUCUGAGUCACAUAAAAAAGAUGCAAGGUGACGAGAGCAAACUGCAGAGAUUGGCUCGGCUGCUGUUGUUGGAGUCUGGUUCAGAAGAGUUGGCUACCAAACUUGUCAGACCAACUGAGGUAGACUGUGAGAGUAACGAAGACCUGAAAUCACUCAGCUACUACUUACAGCAUGUCACUCCACCACUUGAAGGUACAUUUUUUCACAUGUAUGUAAGAAAGCAGGAGCUUACCUUUCUCAGGGGAAUUCUUCUGAGUGACAGCAUGGAGUCAGCUGGGCUGAUAGUGGUUCACUACUACUUGUCUGAGCAGGAGGAGGAGGAGCUUAGCCUCAUUGCGGAAACACUUGGUGGGGUGGAUGAACAGUGCCGUGCUCAAUUAAACAUUACGGUUUUCAUUUUGGCAAAGUCAUGGUUUGACGUGGGGCGUGUAUCACACAGCUUUUUCUGCAUGCAUGAACAAAUAGACGGGCUUGGUUUGGUUAUGCACCAACGAUCCCCGGAUGAAGUUGUUGAUCUAUUGAAGGCACUGGAAGGAUGCAGGUUGGAUAUGUUCGCACUGUAUGGCACCAACCUGCAUGCACAGGUGCGACAUGUCAGCCACAUACUGUCAUCCCUUACAGUCUUGCAGCUCGAUGCAUGCAGGUUGGUAGAUGAUGACGUGAAGGACCUGAUAAGCAUCCUUCCUGCUGGGCAUGGUUUACAAGGGCUUAACCUUGAUGGCAAUGCAUUCAGUUUGGAUGCAGUGAGGGCUCUCACCCAUCAUCUCCAAGGUCUUCCUAAGUUAUAUUACUUGUCACUUCUUAACAUCGGCCUCGAUCCUGAGCUCGUCAGACAAGUUGUCAGUCAAGACCUCCCUCACCUGACGGAAACACAAGAGGGAAAAUUCCAAGCCUAAAUAAUCUCCCACCAAGUCAUAACUCUCACUCUGUUCCUUAUGAAUGCACCACGCUCACGAGCAAGUAGCAUGUAUGAUGGGUCAUUUUAUGUGAAGUCAAUGCUCUGCAACCCCCUCCCCCCCCCCCCCCUAAAAAAGAAUCAGUUAAAAAAACAACAACAACAACAAUUAAUAACAACAACAACUUUAUUUUCAGAUGACAGUAAGGGGCUUGAUAAUGAAUGAAAAAGUAAACAAAACAGUUUCCAUACAAAUAGAGUAUUCGGAAUCCUCUUACAUUAUGAAUACGAAUAUACCCAGCAUAGUUCUUCAUUCUACUGAACCUCCAUCCCCCAAAAAUUCAAUCCAUCAAUUGAUCAUUCAAUCAAUGUGAAAAGUCUAUCAACAUUUCCUGUACAAAAUGAUUCAUUGAAUUCUUCAAACAUAAUAGCACUGUACUAAGCAUUCUGGGUGUCCCUUGAAAGUGAUAUUAAAUUGACCUUGUAUCUUGGGUGACCUCUGAAUACUAUUAUAAAUCUACAAUCUAAUCGUCAAUUAAACAGGAGAAUCCACCUCUCCUUUCCAUUUAUUUUGAGAAAAUAUCUUGUUUCGCAUCAUCUUAGGUAAAAGUUGUGUGAGAUGUCUUCAACUUUUGUGACAAAGGCCUCCUCCUACCCUGUUAUCCGAUCAAUGUAGUAAUAUGGCAUUCAAACAAACUAAUGUGACCACACGCAAACGGCUGCACGACACCCUUCCAUAGACCAGUGCUGUGCAAAACUUAGUAUACAGAAUAAUACUCCAAUCCUCGGGUACUUUUGGAUUGUUUUGCAUUUGCCUUAUGUACAAAUUCGGAAAAUUCUUGCAACUUCAUGCCUUUCAAACAGACGUUUCUUUUGAGCGUUUGUGCUUCAUUCUUUAUCAAAUCGUUUGUGUAAAUUAAUGUAAAUUACGCAUAAAAUGGCAAAAAUUAUGAUUCCAGUUUGCUAACUUUUGUAUAGAUCUUUAACCUUGACUGUUUAUGUAAUAUACCUUUAAAGUGGUUCCGUUGUGUAAGGACAGUAUAACGUGGAUUUCGUUUACUAUUCAACUGUAGGCCUAUGUGCAUAUUGAGAGUUACUAAACCAGUGUUCAUACUGUCAAACAAUUCAUGUAUAAUAUAUAUACAUGUAGAAUGUUGCAUUGCCAAAUGACGCAUUUUUGUCAGAGGACAGUCAUGUUUGCUCAUUCAGGACCAAUCAUUGCAAUUGUUGUGUACGCGAAAAGGUUUCUGGUUUCUGAUUAUGUUGAAAUAGGUACAAGUGGACAAUUUGCUUGUUUUUAUCAUUGCAAGCCUCUUCAAAGCAUUAAUUGACACUAGAUUCGUUUGUUCCAAGUAUGAUAAAUUUUCUCGUACCAAAAAUGACAUUUUUGUUUCUAACAGUUUUGAUAUUUUGCAGUUGCCCAGGUGAUAGCAGUCGUUUAUAACAUGCCCAAAUGCAACCAUUCAAUUUGGUAAAAGUCGUUCUGCAGGAGAGAAAAAGUAUACUUUGAAUCAACGUUUUGAUUUAUUCACAUU